CUAGUCUCGUACUAUCCUCCCUCGUCCGUACUCCUUCUCCUAUCCCCCCAACUGUUUCAUGUUCGUGUAUGGAUCUGACAGCAUAACCAGUACCAAUAUAUCCAUACCCAUACCCUUACCUUGUUGAGGUUGAUCCCGAAGAACCCUUAGCAACACUCCGCUAGUCCACGCCCAUACAUAUCUAUCCUUUUUGCUCGCUUCCUUCCCUUCCUUUACCGAGGAGAGGGAAAAAAAAGUAAUAAAUAAUAAUCGAGACGGCAGAAUUGCUCUUCUAGGCCAUGUCUCCUCCCGGAGCAUCAUUGCCACAACCAAGCUACCUGGAGCAAACCGUCUCGCUCCUCAGCACCGUGGCCGCUUAUAUGCGCUUGCCUGCUCUGGCCUCCACGGGUGUUGCCGCCGUCUUGACCACCCUGCUCUACUUCAAGCAGAAAGCCCUGAUCUACCCGUCGCACAUGCCCCCAAAUUCUCGGACAGACGUGCCUCGACCUUCGCAAUACGGCAUCAAGGACUUCGAAGAGCUGGUCAUACCCACCGACGAUGGCGAGAAACUGUCGGCCUUCUAUAUUCGAGCGCCGAAACGCGGCCUCCACUCUAACUGUACCAUUCUGAUGUUCCACGGCAAUGCCGGCAACAUUGGGCACCGACUGCCGAUCGCGCGUAUGCUGCUCAACUACAUCGGCUGCAAUGUCUUCAUGCUCGAGUAUCGAGGCUAUGGCUUGUCGACGGGCGAGCCCGACGAGAAGGGGAUCACGCUUGACGCUCAGACUGCCCUGACGUACCUACGAGAGCGAGCCGAAACGAGAGACCAUAAGCUUAUCGUCUAUGGGCAAAGCUUGGGAGGCGCCGUCAGCAUCAAGUUGGUCUCUAAAAACCAGAACGCGGGGGACAUCGUCGGCCUGGUCCUCGAGAACACCUUUCUCUCCAUGCGAUCAUUAAUUCCUUCGGUCAUACCCCCAGCCAAGUACUUGACUAUGCUGUGCCAUCAAGUCUGGUCGAGCGAGACCACGCUGCCAUCCAUCACCGAGGUUCCCAUCCUGUUCUUAAGCGGUCUCCAAGACGAGAUAGUCCCACCCUCCCACAUGCGAAGGCUGUUCGAAUUAGCCACUACACCUACCAAGAUAUGGAAGCCUCUCCCCGGUGGCGAUCACAAUUCCAGUGUACUAGAAGAAGGAUACUUCGAAGCCAUAUCGGAUUUUGUGUCCGACGUUGCCGGAGACGAGAAACGAUGAGGUUAGGAACUGCCGAAGGGUCGGCGCCACGCUCGCAACCCUCUGCCCAGGACAAUACCGUCAUCGCCACAUCACAAGCUCCCUUAAUCCUACGAGAUACCCCCCAUCCCCUCGCGCCGCGUUGCGUAAAGGGUUCUACUAUA